AGCAGGAACAUGAAGCCUGCUCUUGGGGUACUUUUGCCGUGCCUGGCGCUGUUGCUCCCCUCUGCAGCGCUGCCAAGAAAAGGGAGCCCAGGGGAAAGGGUCUUCCCUGCUGGCACACCGGAGCUGAGCCUCUCGGAGGAGCUGGGACUUGAAGCAGAAGAGAGAAAAAGAGAAAAUGCAAGCGUGCAGGCCAGAGCGGGACCCAGCUCAUUGGUGAGAUCGAAGAGGACCGCUGCUACUCGCCUCUUCUCCAAGACAGAGCCAGCAGCAGGGUGCCUGCAGGGGAUGCCUGCGGAUGGGGGCAUCGGCUGGGCUGGCUCCAGCCUCCACCCCUGGCCUCUGGGGGGGCUGGAGGGCCCGGUGUGCAGGAUGAAGAUGGACCAGGACCAGGACGGGGUCCCGCCGAGCCACCUGGAAGUCAUGGGUGUUCUCACCCACUAUGAAAGCGGCUUCAUCAAGCGGCUGAGGCAGCGCACUGGCUGGGACCGGAGCGACCUCACAACCUUUGGGCUGUGCCCGUCAGAGGACACGGGUGCUGCGCUCCGGCCCCUGCAGCGUAUCCAGGAGCACCUGGCGGAGCCGGGGCAGGACCGGUUCCUCGUCCUGCGCCUGGAGGAAGUGAAGUGGGAAGCCCAGGCAAGGCUGUGGUUUAAGCUGGCUUUCCAGGCGGAGGUGGGGCGGUCACUGGGUGAGCUGCAGUUUGCCCUGCUGCUCUUCUACCUGGGCAGCCGAGCAGGGAGAGGCGCUGGGAGCCACGAGGAGCUGCUGGCCACGGGCACAGGGCUGGCGCAGGAGCAGAGCCUCUGCCUCACUAGGGACACCCAGUACCUGGUCCUUGGAGCCUCGGUAGCAUCCGUGACCCACACCAGCGAGGAGCUCAGCUUCCAGGUGACCCUGGCCAUCAGACAUCGCGGUGAUGGAGGUGCCCUGCUGCCCCCCACGGAGACCCAGCAGCUCCUCUUCGGCUCGGACGACAAAUGCUUCACCAGGAUGACACCUGUGCUGCUCCUGCUGGCGAAGUCCUGGCGGGGGCACGAUGCUUUGGCCUCUUCCUCCUACCUCUCCGCUGAUGGAGUGGUGGACGUGGCUCCAUACCCACAGCUCAGCCCACCCCAGCAUGAGACCGUGGAACUGCUACCCUCCACUGCCCCCAGCCAGGCCAACAUCUCAUCCCUGGCCCCCAGGGAUAGCGGGCAGUUCCUGGGCAUGCUGACCCGCUUCAUCCGCCGGGUGCUGAGCCCCUCCAGUGAACCGCCCACCCAGCCCAGCUCCCACCACUGGCUGGACUUCCAGAUGAUGGAGACGCUCCCUCACCAGCUGCUCAACCUGUCUGAGACGGCAGCGCUGGAGCGGCUGGUGCAGUCGGAGGAGCCCUCGGUGCUGCUUUUCCCCCAGGAGGGCAGCGCCGGGCUGGAGCAGCAUUUCGGGGACUGGCAGCCAGAGGGGACCGUGCUGCAGCUGCUGCUGGGCAAGCUGCAGGCAGUGAUCCAGGAGCUGAGGGACAUCCCGGCGUUCCAAGCCAACAUGGGGCUUUUCCAGCACCUCCUGAGCUUCUGCUACUACCCGCCAGGGCCAGGCACGGGCAGCGCGGGUGAGCGGCCGCCUGGCUCUGGGAAGCUGCACGCGCUGCUGCUGCUGAAGGCGCUGCAGACGGUGCGGGUGCACUGGCAGGAGCGGAGGAAAGUCCUGCGACAAAACCGCAGCGCCCGGCACCAGGCCCACUGCCGGCUGCAGGAGCUGACCAUCGACCUGCACGACCGCAAGUUCAUCGUCAUGCCCACCGUGUACGCGGCCAACAACUGCGAGGGUCCCUGCAAGCUGCCCCUCUCCACACGUGUCCCCAGCUACUACUCGCACACGGUGCUGCUGCUGGGCAUGCAGGAGCGGGGCUCGCCCCUGCAGCGCGCUCCCUGCUGCGUGCCCGUCCGCUACUCGGACCAGCUCAUCAUCAGUGUGUCCAGCCAGGGGCUGGAGGUGCGCAAGUUCCCCAACAUGGUGGCAGAGGAGUGCGGCUGUCGGUAGAGGCUCCUGCCCAUAGCCCUGGAGCGCCCCUGCAGCUUUGCUUCUCGCCGAGACGUGAGCACUCCUCCGCACGUCUUUUCCCACUUGCUAGCGUUGUUCUGGUUCUGGGUUUGCAGCCGUGCUGCUCCCUGGAGGGCUGCCAGCCUCCUGGUGCUUCCCUGCUCCAUCUGCAGAGGCUGGGGAUGUCCGAGGUGCCCAGAGGCUCAGGCUGCGGUCUGGUUCUGACCCUCAGCGGGGUUUGGGCUGGGUACGGGACGUGCAGGGCAUCACAGACAGGGCAAGCCUGCUCUAGUUGGGGCCACAUCUAUUUAUCCACUGCUGCUGUGGCUACUGCCCCUCAGCCUCCCUGCAGCCUCCCCUGGCUGUUCUGAGCCAGCCCAUGCCCACCACUGACCCGCAUCCCUCCCUGUGCUCUCAGGGGUAAAAUAAGCAGCAACCGCCCUGUUCCCACCAGCUUCAGCUCUGCCUUUCCCCGGGGACCCAUCUCCAGACUUGGCAAAAGCCACGGUGUGGGAGUCCCUGCUGGGUGACCCUGGCAUUGUGCCCCUGCUGUCACCGCUGCCUGGGGCAUGGCAGAGGGAGGGGAAAGCUCUGGGGUGGGGACGAUCCCAUUACAUGUCCUGCCCUUAGCGGGUGCAAACCACAGCUGCCCAUUGGCAGCACGUCCCCUUCCCGGCGGCUGCCCAAGCACCUGCUGCAUGUCCCCGCUGGUGGCAGCGCUCAGGGCCUGGCCCCGCUGGGUCAUCUUGCAGCUGAGCCCGGUGCUCUGUGGGACGCACUGGGGGGCUGCUGUGGGGCCCGAGCCCCCCAAAAAGCAGUGCUUGGGCUCGCCCCCAGCACAGGGGAUGGCUCUGGUUUGCAGUGUCCCUGCACCAACCAGGGGCUGGUGGGUGCCUCCUGACACCAGUGGGGACCUGGGUGAGCCCCUGACAGCUGGGACGGGGAGGCCCUGCCCCAGUGCUGUUUUUUCUCCCUUUCCUUUUGAAAAAACACAAGCAUAUCCAGGGCUGUGAUUUUUUUUUUCUCUCUCUCUUUUUUUUUUUUUUAACAUUCAAUUUAAUACCUUAUUAAAAAUGAAAAUAGUUUAUUUUAACCUCUGUUGGUUUAGCAAAUACUCAAACCCACUGUGCUUUGGGGCUGUGAACGUCUCCUGUAGUUGCUACAGCGCUGCAUGAUAUUGCACUUGUGCUUUGUUCCUAAAAGCGGCUCUGGGAAGGCAGGUUCAAGGGGAGCCCCAGCGAUGGCGCUGCCAGUGGGGUUUUGCUCUGGGCAAGCUUCGUGUCUCCAUGCGGUGGCGGUGGGGCCGGGUUCUGUUCCUUGUUGUCCCUUCAAGGCUGGCAGCAGCCUGGCUUCUUUAACCCAGAACACACUUCUCUCUUUGAUUUGCUUUCAAUAAAACCAGUAACUGAAUUCAA